CCAUUCGCCUUGCCACCAAACCAGACCCAGCUGCUUGAUUCCUCCUUUCUCCCUCUGUCUUCCCCAUUCGGCCCCCCUCCUUCUUGCUCCACCGUCUUGCUGCCAUUCCUUCCAUUCCCUCGAGCUGGCGAACUCUGCCGACUGAUGGAGGAGCCGCCUUCGUUGUUGCUUCAGAGGCUUCUCGUGCUGCUGCUGCUGCUGGUUUCCGUCUCUUGUCUGUUCGUCCGCGGCAGUGCAGCGACUGCAAGUUUGGGAGGAGUUGGUGAUGAGGCGUGGAGCUCGAGCAGGGAUGCUCCUGUCGAUCUUAGAAACAUCAGAAUUUCACAUUCGAGAAGACUGCUACAGAUAGGCGGUGGAAACCAAAUUCCUCCACAGCUCCUGUCUCCGACUCGAGCUCCUGAUCACAAGAGGCACAGGGGUCGCAGACGAUCACACGCACCAACACCGUCGCCUGCUCCGUCACCCUCGCCGUUCAUCUCUCCGCCUAAAGCCUCGCCAUCGCCAUCCCCUACUCCACAUUUGGUCAGGCCUUUGCCUUCCGCCCCACAGCCAAAUCAUGAUCCUCAAGUUGAUGCUCCGGUUCACGCUUCGAAUAAGCAUUCCUGGAGAGGCUACGGUAUGGUCAUAGCAGGGAGUUCAGUUUUCCUUGUAAUGGCAGUAGCAUCUGUUGUAUACUGCCGGGCGAAAAAAGUGGGUACUGUAAAGCCUUGGGUGACAGGGUUAAGUGGGCAGCUGCAACGAGCAUUUGUGACAGGUGUACCAUCGUUGAAAAGAUCAGAGCUGGAAGCAGCCUGUGAGGAUUUCAGCAAUAUAAUUGGUUCUACGGCUAGCUGCAUGUUGUAUAAGGGAACUUUAUCCAGCGGAGUUGAAAUAGCAGUUGUGUCAAGUUCAAUAGCAUCUGCAAAGGAUUGGUCAAAAGAAUGUGAAUCCCAGUACAGGAAAAAGAUCUCAAGUUUAUCCAAAGUGGGCCACAAGAAUUUCAUGAAUCUGCUUGGCUACUGUGAAGAAGAAAAUCCUUUCACCAGAGCGAUGGUGUUUGAAUAUGCUCCAAAUGGGACUCUUUUUGAGCAUCUCCAUGUUAGAGAAGCCGAGAACUUGGAUUGGAUGGCCCGACUUCGGAUAUCUAUGGGGAUAGCCUACUGUCUAGAGCACAUGCAUAAGCUGAAUCCACCUGCCGUGCCAAGGAACUUCAGCUCAAAAACAAUCUACCUCACUGAUGAUUAUGCCGCGAAGGUUUCGGAUCUUGAUUUCUGGAACGGUCGUAAGGGAUCCGAUUCUGUCACCGAUGAUUGCACCAUGUUAGACACAGAUAGCAUCGUGCACCAGUAUGGCAUCAUACUGCUGGAGACAUUGACCGGGAGAGCCCAGUUCCCUGAGCAAGACUUGCCGCUUGAAAAGUGGGCAUCUCUGUACUUCGAAGGCAAGAUGCCCCUUGCAGAGCUGAUCGACUCGAGCCUGGGUGCCUUCCCUGAAGAAGCUGCUGCCGCGCUAUGCGAUGUCGCGAGGUCCUGCAUCGAUCCAGACCCGAGUAAGAGACCGCAGAUGGCGCAAGUGGCAGCCAGGAUGAAGGAGAUCACGUCGUUGGGGCCCGAGGGAGCGACUCCGAAGGUGUCGCCGCUAUGGUGGGCCGAGCUCGAGAUCAUGUCCGGUGAAGCUAGCUGAUGCCUGACACCGAGCAGUCCGUUCAUGCUGCGAUCAUGAAUUCUUUGGUUUGAUUUGUUUUUCUGCUAAUCCGGGAAAGUUGGUUGUGGGCUUUAAGUUGAAGUUUGUAGUAGGUUACUGGCAUUGUAAUGAGGUCUGCCAGCAAGUUUGUGGGAGUAAAAAGGGGGAGACGUGGUUCA